CCCGAUGGAAAGCCAACAGUGGUAUCUGCAGGCAAUCUGAGCAGUUCGUCGCUGAGGGUCGAGUGGUUGCCCCCAAACAGGAACACAAUUCAUGGAGAGUUUCUCGGAUAUCGAGUCAAAUAUCGAAAACACGGCCCAACUCUAGGCUUGGAGAGAGAGAUCACACUAAGAGACCCAGACUUGAGAUCGUACACUUUACGGAGUUUAGAGCCGUUCACUGAAUACAUGAUCAGUUUACAAAUAUUCAACCCGGCGGGUGAGGGCCCGGCCACUGCCGUCACCGCCACCACCGAUGAAGGAAUGUCGAGUCCACCGAGAAAUGUAUCGCUGGUUCGGGUGACCAAUACUAUGGCUCGACUCCAGUGGUUGGAGCCGAAGGCGGCCAACGGACGACUACAGGGCUAUCGGAUAUAUGUCCUCAAUAUAGCCGCCAAUUUGACUGAAGUGAAGAAAUGGUUGGAGCCGAAGGCGGCCAACGGACGACUACAGGGCUAUCGGAUAUAUGUCCUCAAUAUAGCCGCCAAUUUGACUGAAGUGAAGAAAGUGGUUAAUCCUCAACAAUACUCAACCGACUUUACACUCAAUAAUCUAAAACCGUUCAGUCAAUACAAAGUGUGGGUAAAGGCUUAUACGAUGAAGACUGAGGGCGAGUCGAGCAAAACGCUUGAGUUCCGUACGGACGUGACGGGUCCGAGCGCUCCCCUCAUU